CGCGCUCACAGACUCCCUCUCAGCCACACACACACAUACACACACACUCCCAAACAAAGAGAAGCACGCGAGGCAGCACAGCAUCCCACCCUUUCAGCCGCGAGCUCACUAGCAGAACCGCCCCCCAUCCCUCCUCACAGAACCGGUCCGGUCCGAGGCUCCAGGCACAGAACCGACAAUGACAACUAACGGCGCCACUAACGGAACCAGCGACAUGCUGCAGAUCCAGUUCGGUCUGAUCAACUGCGGGAACAAAUACCUAACGGCAGAGACCUUCGGCUUCAAAAUCAACGCCUCCGCCUCGAGCAUGAAGAAGAAGCAGAUCUGGACCCUGGAGCAGAGCGGGGACGACUCCAGCGGGAACGUGUUCCACCUCAAGUCACAUCUGGGCCGGUACAUCGCCGCAGACAAGGAUGGGAACGUUACCGGGGACAGUGAGACCCCGGGCCCUGAGUGCCGGUUCGUCAUCACCGCGCAUGAUGACGGCCGCUGGUCCCUGCAGUCCGAGCCGCACGGCCGCUACCUGGGCGGAACCGAGGACCGGAUCAUCUGCUUCGCCCAGACCGCCUCGGUGGCGGAGAAAUGGAGCGUGCACAUCGCCAUGCACCCGCAGGUGAACAUCUUCAGCAUGACGCGCAAGCGGUACGCGCACCUGAGCGGCAAGGUGGACGAGAUCGCCAUUGACCGGGACGUCCCGUGGGGGGUGGACUCCAUGAUCACGCUGGUGUUCCGAGAGCAGCGCUACCACCUGCAGACCUCCGACAACCGCUUCCUGAGGAACGACGGCGCGCUGGUCGCCACCACGGACAAGAGCACGGGCUACACGCUGGAGUUCCGCUCCGGCAAGGUGGCGUUCAGGGACUGUAGCGGCAGGUACCUGGCGCCCUCUGGGCCCUCCGGUACCAUGAAGUCCGGUAAGAGCGGGCGCGUGGGCAAGGACGAGCUGUUCGUGCUGGAGCAGAGCCACCCGCAGGUCGUGCUCACUGCUGCCAACGAGAGGAACGUCUCCACCCGGCAAGGUAUGGACCUGUCAGCCAAUCAGGACGAGGAGGGCGACCAGGAAGUGUUCCAGGUGGAGAUUUGUCGCGAGAACAGGAAGUGCGCUUUCCGGACCGCCGCUGGGAAAUACUGGACCCUGACUGCCAAUGGAGGCCUGCAGUGCACCGCCUCCACCAAGUCGGCUAAUUGCUACUUUGACAUUGAGUGGCGUGGGAAGAGGCUGACUCUCCGGGCUGCCAAUGGGAAAUACGUCGCCGCCAAGAAAAACGGCCAGCUAGCAGCCACCAUCGACUCUGCCGGUGAGUCCGAGGAGUUCCUCAUGAAGUUGAUCAACCGCCCGAUCAUCGUGCUGCGUGGCGAGCACGGCUUCAUCGGCUGCAGGAAGGUGACCGGGACGCUGGACUCCAACCGCUCCUCCUAUGACUACUUCACCCUGGAGUUCAGAGACGGAGCCUACAGCCUGCAAGACUCCACGGGUAAAUACUGGAUGGUGGGUAACGAGCAGUCGGUGGUGAGCAGCAGCGACACGCCCGUCGACUUCCUCUUCGAGUUCUGCGACUACAACAAGCUGGCCGUCCGCCACGCCGCCGACAGCAAGUACCUCCGCGGCGACCACGCCGGCGUGCUGAAGGCCAACGCCGACGACCUGGAGACCGCCACAAUGUGGGAGUACUGAGGAGGAGCGGGGGAUGCGGUCGCCCACUCCUGCGAUGCUGAUGAAUGCAGUGUGGCGACGCCAUCCAUACAUCUACCUAUCCACGCCCCCCACCCCCCGCCCCCGCCCCUCUAACGCUCCUUAUAUUACUCCUGACUUUAUAUGUUGAUAAACUGCACAGAGAGAACAGGAAGGACAGAAGAAGAAAGGAAGGAGACACUCCUUUCUCUCCUGCCUCCCUUUCCUUCCCUUCAUCCUCCCUUUUUUCCCAGCUCUGCUCUGCAGCGCCGACCUUUAUCUGUUGCCAUAGUUACCGUGGGGCCGUGCACUUUUUUUCUGCUCCGAUCUGGUUCGCUGCUCGACCUGUCACUCACUCCCUCCUCGCCUUACGAUUGGGCCGUCCCUCUCCCAGAGCAGAGCAGAGCCACGUUUAAAGAGCCCCCUCCUCUCUGAGUUAACCCCCUCCUCGUCUCCCUACUGGUCUCUAUUGUCUGUGUGAGCAGCACAUGGUGGCAGUAUUUAUGGUGUCUGACCUGGUCUGCUGGUUCUGCUUCUACCUGAUCUAAUCUCCCAAAACAGAUCCACCGCCGCAUCAAAUCUGCUUCCUGUUAGCUGGAUAAACAAGGCGGUCUGUUUUUGUGCGCUAGGUUGCAUCAUGUAGAAACGGAUUCUCUGCUUCUAUCAGACCAGGUCGAGUAUGUUUGUUUUCAUGAGCAGGCCCCGUUGCCUCUGUGUGAUGACUAUGUGAUAUAACUGGAGUGGAUCUGAUGAUGAUAAAGAUAUCGAAGAUGAUGUAACUGACGGGUUUAACCCCCUCCCCUAUAGAGGGACGAAGUCCCUCCCUUUCCGGUGUCCGCUAUGGACCCUUAUCGCAGAAAAAAUAUGUAUGGUCGUCAACGUCUACAGACAAAUAUUUUUAAUCCCAUUUAUAUUGUGCAUGAAGUCAGGAACGUCACAGUUUGUCAUAUUAUCCUUGAGUAUACUACUCAGUGAACUGCAUCCAUAGAAAUAUAACAAGACUAGAACAAACAUUCACCUUCAAAUCAACAUGGCAUGAUGGCCAUAGCAGCAGCCAUUUUUAUGUUGUGCAACAAACAUUCAUUGGUUGUUAGCUAGCGAUGUAAGUUGGGCUUUUGGGUGUUUCUAUUUCCCAUUUUUCCCAGUCUUUACUUUAAACAUUUUUACGGCAAACUUUGACUUUCUAGACUUGCAGAAUGAUCUUUUGUAUUCACAAAUAUAAAGUCAUUGAAAAAUUGUUAGACCGCCUUGGUUUUCUCCUUGCUUUCUUGUUCAUUUAAUGCCUGGUACAACUAAAGGUAUAUUUGUUUGGACAAAUAUAAUGAUAACAACAAAAAUAGCUCAUAAGAGUUUAAUUUAAGAGCUGAUAUUUAGACAUUUUCCAUGGUUUUCUUGAUAAUGAUUUUGGUUAUUUAGUUGUACCAGGCAUUAAAAUGUGCAAGAAAUUGAAGAAAACAAUGAUCUAAUAAUUUUUUUUAAUGACUUUAUGUGUAAUUCACAAUCAAGCAGGAUCCAAAAAAAUGUUGUCUCUCUCCUUUGACCACUGUACAUAUUUUUCCCAACAUGAGGUCCCAUGGUGUUCCACGGGAGGGGGCGGGACUUUGCCUCCCUGUUCAUCUCAACUGUAAAAUAUUCAAAUGUAAACCAGUUUCCUGUGUUGUUCUCUAGCUGUGUUCUCAUUGGUUGCGGGGGAUUUUCCUGACCCAAACAGGAUGUAGGAAGUUAAAACGCUUAAACCCCCCCUCCACACUAAACACUAAACCUAUUGUCCUGAGAACAGUAUAAUAAGAAUAGAAAUGGUGCGGUCACAUACUGUAUGUUAACUGCACUCACCUGUCUUACUGGAAGAAAAAAAAGCACUCCCGGAUACAGUCGGAUUUCUUUUUCUAUGUCCAAGGCACAGACAUUAUCAUGGAUACAGUAGGUAGCCUUAGCAACUGGAGUGAGAUGAUUUAUAGACCCUUUUUUGAAAGCUGCUUUUUGAAAUCCCUCAACCAAACCUACACCUCAGCCUUUAUCUAGAGAAAACCUUUGAUACUGGAUUAACAAACCGUCAUCUCACACACAACUGACAAAACUGGAACCUGGUGCUACUAAAUCAUGACCUGUUACAGUCGAGCAUCUCACACUGUCUGGACCGAUAGAUAGUGACUUCCUGCUGCGUCCUGCCCCUGCACUUGAGAGCCUUUGCCAUAUAAGUAUAACUGAAGGUGCUGAAAGAGUGCCCUUAAUAACAUAAAUCGGCUUCUUUGUUAGUUUUAAUUCCUGCGUGGAGUCGGUCUGUAUCACGGCAGCCUUCACAAUGGGAUGUGACCAAAUUGUAUUUGUUUUUGUUGGAUUUUUCUGUUCCUGACUCAUCAGUGAAGGAAUUUGUUUAAAAGAAGCAGACUUUGAAUUUGUCGUCUAUUUAAUUGAAAUGUCUGUGAUGCAGUCGUGUAGCACAAUGCACCCAUGGGUCCUGCCCUCUUUGAUUCUCCACCCUUCAGCUUUCUACAUUUAAGCAAUGGUUUCAGUCUGCUGAUUUUUACAAAACAGCAAAGAUUAUCUUGGCACUGGGCCCUAAUAUUGGGCUCUUCCAUCCAUCAUCAUCAUCAUUAUCAUCCUCAUCACAAAGUUCUCUGAUGUGAAAAUCCGUAUGGAAAAACCAAUCAUUGUGAAAUGAAACGUGAUUGUAGCCAGCUCCUCACCAAGUCCGUCCAAUUUCCUCUCUGAAGUUUCGAGCGUUUUUUGCAUGAAGGGUUGAGAAUCUCAAGCGAAUAAAAGGAGCGGUUGUCUUUGGAGAAACACCACUCUCCAAGGUAACCAAGACCAAGGCUUAGACAAACGGAUGUGGAAGGGUAAACAUGUGGUAAUGACUGUGCCUUACUCUUGAGUUUUUGGGCAGUAGGAAAAAAAAAUUGAAGUCCACAUCUUUGCUUUGUAUAACUGGAACUUCUUUUUGUAUUAUUAUUUUGUAUGAUUUUUUUGAUAUUGUGGAUUAACCUCUCUCGUGCCAUUGGUUCACCUAAAAUCCAACGACCAAUAAAACUGGGAUUUGGAACGCUA